GUUGGCAGUUCAGUCUUCAAAUACCAGUGACGCAGAGCCCCACGACACCGCCCCCCCCCCAGCCUCCUCCUUCUCCCUGGGGAACAGAACCACCAAGGAGCAGACACCUUGCCCACCAGGUCCCCACAGGUGGGAGAAGCAUUCUGUCCAUGGGGCUCUGUUGGUCACCGCUGACUUUAUUAUGCCUUCUAGCGACACUGGUGUCUUCCUGUCAUGGAGGACCACAGCAGAUCCCCUCAGGGUCCCACAGGGAGUCGACCGGCGCUAGCCCCCUGUGUCAGGUACAGCUGGAGGUCACAAUCAAUAAUACGAAGAGUAGUUUGUGCCUGGUGGACCUGCGUGGGCAGACUCUGACUGAGCUGUCCGGAAGGCUGGGCUUGCAGGCUGGUCCCAUCUCUGGCCCCAUCUCUGACCCCUCCAGGGCAGUCAAGGAGCUGGCCUGCUCUUUCCGCUAUCUCUUCGAUCCCCACAAGCGCACAAAUGUCUCCUCUCCGAAGCUGCACGUGCUCUGCCAAGAAGCGGCUGCCAAAGUGCCUCUGCCCACCCCACGGCCCACUGUGACCUCACCCAAGCCCACUGGCCCUCCGAGGUUCCUGCUGGUGGAGGGGAAGGAGAAACUGCGAUGCGCAGGAGUGGUUGAGUUCUACAGGGGCAGUGUCGGGGGGAGCAUCUGUUACGAACAGAGGACCUGGACCAAAGCCCUGGGCGACGAGAUCUGCCAGGCCCUGAACUGCGGCACCUUCCUGAGCCAUCUGCACCCACCGGCAGAGAAGGCAGACCCAGGGAGUCCCGAGGGGCUCAAACCUCUGCCGAUCCUCUGGGCGGUCGGGGAUGCUCAGGGAGCCCCCGUGGACCAGGUCUUCACCAAGCAGAAGAGCUGUCCAGGAAACCAAACCAUUUCCAUCGUCUGCUCUGAUUUCCAGCCAAAGGUGAAAAGCAGACUGAAGGGCAGAAGUAGUCCCUGCAAGGGCAUCGUAGAGGUGUACUUUGAGGGUCAGUGGAAAGUCUUGUGUGGAAAAAAAAAGAACUGGGAAGAGGUGUGCGAGGAGCAGCACUGUGGGAGUCUCAUCUCCGAGGAAGUAUUUCAAAAAUCACCAUCUGACACAUCCAGCAAGCUCUACUGCCCUCAUGGGAACCUCUCCCAUUGCUACACAUUUGGUGAAGGAGACCCGUCCUGCAAAGGCACGAUGAUUGAGUGCCAGGACCCAAAUGCCGGAGGGCCUGGGGCAGGGACUGUGAUGAGCAUCAUUCUGACCUUCAUCCUCAUGGCAAUCCUUCUAGUGACAUGUGGGCCUGUAGCCUACAAGAAACUAGAGAAGAAAUUCCGUCAGAAGAAGCAGCGCCAGUGGAUUGGUCCAACGGGAGUGAACCAGAACGUGUCUUUCCAUCGCAACCACACCGUGACUAUCCGAUCCCAAGUCGAGAACCCUGGAGCCUCAAAUGUGGAGAAUGAGUACAGCCAACCUCCCAGGCAUUCCCGCCUCUCGGCUUAUCCAGCUCUGGAAGGAGCACUGAACCGGUCUUCCAACCCGCCAGACAACUCCUCUGACAGCGACUACGACCUGCAUGGGGCCCAGAGGCUGUGACAGGCUGAACUGUGAAUAAGCCGAGUGUCUCCCGGCAGGAGACGCAUCUUCCUGAGAACCUUCUGCACUCAUCACCUUGACAUGAUUUCCUGAUUUUACUUCCAACUGUGAAGGGGCAGAAGCAAGGUCGCCACUACCAUGUCUCAUUGCCCACGCCCACCCGCAGGAGCAGCUCCACCCCUACCCGCUCCCCGCCCCCAAACCCAAUCCGGGGAAACCCUCCCCUCCCCACAACUCCAGCAGCCCUUCCCAACCUUUUCAUUUACGUGAAACGCAGGACCCUGUCUAGAGAAUGCAGGAAAAGGCCAAGCCCAAGGUACACCUGGACCCCUCCAGACACGCAGGGCCAGGGGCUCCCAGAGCCACACCCCAUACCACAGGGCCCACAGCUGUCUCCUGACCCACCUGCGCCCCGAGGCCAGUGUCACUGAAAAGGGGCUGCCUUCCCUGCUCACCGCCCCAACUCUGAUGAAGAACAGGGAAGAAUUCACACUGGUAUCUCUGGAUGAGAAUGAUUUUUUAAUGUUUUGUGUAAAUAAUGCUUUCUAUACAACCUGAGAAGUCUGAACAUUCCCUGAGAUUUGAUUUCAGAGAUCCCGAGACAAGAAGGGAUGCAGAUGUGAGCACAGAGAAAACCAGGCAUGUUUGCCGUGUGUAUGUGUGUACUCACAUAUAUGUGCACAUGUGGGUGUGUGUAUGUAUCUGUGUCUGAGAGACAGAGACAGCGACAGUGAGACACAGUGAGACAGAGAGGGCCAGAAACUAGCCCCAGACAUUCACCCCAGAGGUCAUCCGGUCCUCCCCCAGGCCAAUGAGCUAACUGCUCCUUCCUCUCAUGAGAUCUCAGGGCAGUGGGUGACAACUGUCAGCCUCACACAGGAUGAAAGCCCGCACAGGGCCAGGCAUGUGACAGAUGCUCAGCCGAGGUAAGCUGUCAUCUUGCUUCCAACAAUGGUUGCAAAGCACCGGCCCUGGUUUGGGAACCGAACCUACCGGCACAAAAUGGUGGGCCUUGCUCAUGGGUCACUAGAGCGUAGGUCAGCAGCCUAAAGUUGUAAUGCCUCAUCUGGCCAGACUGGUCUGCUCUUUAGGCCUUCAUAUCCGUACCCUCACUCUCACGGCCCUGGAGCUUGUCUGAUGGCAGAAGGCUGGCCUCCUCAAGCCCCUCCCUGGGUCCAUUUUUGCCCAAGUGCGUAUGGACAUUCUUGGAUCUUUCCCAUGCAAAGAAAACUCAUCUAGUCCAUUAGCUGGCAUCUCUAGCCCUCACAUUCUCAGUAAAGUGCCAACCAAACCUUAAUUAUUAUUAAAAGUCUAAAUUAUCAGAAAAGUAGAGCCUUGGGCACUGAGCUCUCCCACCGCUGGAUUAUUUUUCCAGCCUCCGGAACAGUGAAAGGGGCAUAGCUUUUAUGAAAUUCCAAGUGACGUCACCACUACUCAACAAGCGUCUCAUUAAUAAAACUCACAGUAAAAGCAAGCCACAGAAAGGAGCUCCCUGGAGUCGAUGCUCAGGAAGCAGGACGACGCCACACACACAAAAGGGCAUGAUUAAGAUCAAAGCAGAACGGGAUGCCUGAGCUCAGAAGCACCUUAGGGCCCCUUUCUCCCAACCUCCUUAUCCUACGGGCGGCAAAAACAAGGCUUGGAGACGUUGACUUAAGAGACAGACCGAGUAUCUUGAGAUAGUUCUUGGUCAGUCACACUUUGCCCCUCCUGGAAGGAGACGGUAAAUCCCCAUUACCCGAGGCUUAUGUGACUGCACCGCUGAAAAUGGAGCUGAGGUGGCUUCUGCAUUGGCCGGAGUCCCUCAUCCCAGACGGCCCAGUUUCUCUUCACUAAGUUAGAUAUCUCUUUGAUUUUCCAGGGCUGGCUGACUAUGCUAUGCCUCGCUCAGCUCUGUAGCAAGAGCCCUGGCAUGGUAGGGUGUGCCCAAGAUGUCUCCAGGAGCGAGUGGGCAUCAGAGAGGUGCACGUGAGUGACGGGGUAGGGAUCGUGCGAAUGUAUAUGAUUUGUGAGGGCAUAAGGAAGGGAAACAGGAGUGAGCUGACACGUAAAGUGAGAUGCUCUAACAAGUGUCCAAAUAAAAUCCUUUCCUUAGAA